UCGUCUCCGGAGCGCUAGGAGCGGGAGUGGCCGAGAGUAGCCGAGCGUUUCCGAGCCGAGCCGAGCCGAGCCGACGACAGCCGAGCAUCGCCGAGCCGAGCCGACGACAGCCGAGCAUCGCCGAGCCGAUCGUCCGUCCGGCUUUGCGGACUGAGGAGGAAGGACAGGAGAAGGAAAAGCAAACGUCUUGACAGCGGAGGAGGAGCGUGUCCUUCCUUCCCGGGAACAUUUGCUCAACCGCGGAUUAAUUCCUCAUGACUUCUAAUGGAAAGACUACUGGCUUGUAGGAACAGUAUAGAUCGGAAUUGCUGCUUUAUAGGGAACACGUUCGGUCCAGCAUUGCAGCUGAUCUGUUAUUGAAUUAUCUGAUAAUUGAUAGAGGACCAGAAUCAAGCACAGAACAGCCCCGGGACGUUACAGCACAUCCAGGAGUCCUGAGGCCAUUUGUAGCAUUUCAUCUACCAUCUCAGUUGACGUCAGCUAACUGAGUACAGAUCAGGGAUGGGAACUUUUGGUCUGUGUGGAUUUCACAACCAGUAGGGGCUCCAUAUGGUGUGCCACAUGAAAUGAACAAAGGACCCCAACCUAUUGGAGGACUUCCAUCUGCCCCACACCCAUCCCCUUCUGGAAUAACCCAGACUGCCUAUCACUCUGGCCAGACAACUGCUGCAGUAGUUUAUGCACCACAGCAAUCUCCACAAAUGAACACUCAACCACAACCACGGCAGCAAUACUACGCAAACAGAGCCCAGCAACAGAAUAGUGCUUCCAGGGUUCAGAGUAGUGCAACAACUCGACCUGUGGCCUCUGCUACCCAUGUCUACCAACCUGGCUCACAGACUAUUAUGAUGAUGACAACCCAACAGAUUCCUGCUUAUCAAUCACAAGGACCUUAUUAUGUCCCAAGCCAGUUCCGUUCUUCAUUUGUACAGCCAACUCAGCAGUAUCCUGUUCCACCCGGGACUGGAUUUUAUCCAAGCCCAAAUCCUGGGGAGUACCCUUAUGGAACCUAUUAUCCAGCAACACAGGGAGUGCAAUCAUAUUCUGCACCAGUGGCGCCUGCCACUGUUAUGAUAAAUCCGGCUCAGCCACAAAUGCCUCCAAAAAGAGAACGUAAACAGAUCCGGAUAAGGGAUCCAAACCAGGGUGGAAAAGACAUCACAGAAGAGAUCAUGUCUGGAGGAAGAUCGGGUUCUACACCAACGCCGCCACAGUCUGCAGGAGGUUUAGAAGGAAGUGGUGCUGUACAAGCAAAUGGGGAAAGUCCUCAUCCUGUUCCCGUUGUCAUUCGGCCAGACAAACCAAAGUCCCCUGCAGUGAUAUCGAAACCAGUAGAAGAGCCAAACCAACUUGACAGACCUAUUUCGCCUGAUAUUGUAGAAAACAAAUCUGAAAAUGACACUAAACCACCAGAGUCCAAAGAAGUACAAGAAAAUACCGUCACAGAGCCAGAGGACACCACAGACAUUACAGUCUCUUUUGAUGUGACUGUGACAGAUUCUGUGCCACCUGAUGGUGAUGGUGAUGAUGAUGGUGGUGAUGAUGAUGGCGAUGGUGUUGGUGGUGGUGGUGUUGAUAAUGAUGGCGAUGAUGUUGAUGAUGAUGAUGUUGUUGAUGAUGAAAUAAGUCCUUUGGCAGAACCUAUUGCUUUGACACAUGCAGUUCAAGAAAUGCAAGAAAGUGAAACGGAGGUAAAAGAACUACCGAAAGAGGUGAUUCCAGAAGAAUGUAGCUCAAAAGACUUGACAGUGGAAAGUAAUGGUUUUACACCAGCAGAGGAAGUUGAGCCUAGUCAAGUGUCUGAGCCUUCAUUAGAACCUCUAGAACCUCCACUUGAACCUGUAAUGGAUUCGCCCAUUGUACAACCUGAAGAACCGAAAAUGACAAAUGGUCUUGAGCUUUCAACAAAGCAGGAUUCUGAAGUUUCAGAAGUUCAAGAGGAAUCUCACAUCAGUCCUAUUUCUGAGCCUGAGGCACCGACAUGUGAAGAGAAUGCAGAAGUAUUAGCACCUUCUGAAGAGAAGGAGAAGGAGAAGGAAAAGGAAAAGGAGGAGGAGGAAGAGGAGGAUAUUGCUGAAGUCCAAAUGCAGGAUGCCUUGCCAUCAGCAGCUACUUUAUCCCAGACUAACGACAAUUCUACGCAAGCUGCAGCUGUAUCUGUGCCAAAGAAGAAGAGGAAAAUGAAGGAUUUAAACAAAAAAGAAGCAGUUGGAGAUCUUCUCGAUGCUUUCAAAGAGUCUCAAGUAAAAGAACCUGCAGCUGAAUCUGUUGCCCAGCCUACAGCUGUAGGUGUUGAAGUGACUGAAACAAUUCGUCCAACACGUGACGAACCUGAGGAAACCUGGGAGGAGAAGGAAGAUAAACAAGACGUAGAAAACAUCAAGCCGGAUGGAAUUAAGUUGUCGGAUCAAAAAUAUCAAUAUAAAGAAGAAAAUUGGAAGCCACUUAAUCUUGAAGAUAAGAAGAAAUAUGACCGUGAAUUUCUCCUGGGGUUCCAAUUCAUCAAUGCUAGUAUGCAGAAACCUGAAGGUCUACCAGCAAUUAGUGAUGUUGUAUUGGAUAAGGCAAACAAGACUCCUCUUCGUCCUCUUGAUCCAAGCAGGCUGACUGGUAUGAACUGUGGACCAGACUUCACUCCGUCCUUCGCACAAAUAGGGCGACAGCAGAUUGGAAGAGUGCCUGUGCACGACCUUUUAUCCGGAGUUCCUGAAACCGAAAAGCUCCGAAAACCGGACAUUUUUUCCAGGAUGUCGUCUGCACACCAAAGCUCGCGUUUGGCGCCAAACUUGACCCGAAACGACCCACGGUCAACCCAGCCUUCAGGUGUAGGCCCAAGAAGAUCUCAACAAGGCCAAAGAAAGGAGCCUCGCAAAAUUAUUGCAACAGUAUCCCUAAAUGACGACAUACAACUUAAGAAGGCAGAGCAUGCUUGGAAACCAACGGUGAAGAAGCCAUCUGAUGAAGAAGACCCAGAUUUGAUAAAUACACAGGAGCUGUUCCGCAAAGUGCGCGGUAUUUUGAACAAACUGACACCACAGAUGUUCCAGCAGUUGAUGAAACAAGUUGCAGAAUUGACAAUUGAUAAUGAAGAGAGGCUUAAAGGUGUUAUUGAUCUGGUGUUUGAAAAAGCAAUUUCUGAACCAAACUUCUCUGUUGCCUAUGCCAACAUGUGCCGCUGUCUUACAACUCUGAAAGUUCCAAUACCUGACAAGCCGGGAGCAACUGUAAAUUUUCGGAAGUUGCUGUUAAACAGAUGUCAGAAGGAAUUUGAAAAAGAUAAAGAUGAUGAUGCUGUAAUAGACAAAAAACAGAAGGAAAUUGAUGCUUCAGUUAUGUCUGAAGAAAAAACUCGUCUGCAAGAGCAGUUAAAGGAUGCCAGAGAUAAAGCCAGGCGACGAUCACUAGGCAAUAUCAAAUUUAUUGGUGAACUCUUCAAACUGAAAAUGUUGACGGAACCAAUUAUGCAUGACUGUAUAGUGAAGCUGCUAAAAAACCAUGAUCAAGAAUCACUAGAGUGCCUUUGUAGGUUGUUAACGACAAUAGGCAAAGAUUUGGACUUUGAAAAAGCCAAACCUAGGAUGGAUCAAUAUUUUAACCAAAUGGAAAAAAUAAUUAAAGAGAAAAAAACGUCAUCUAGGAUUCGCUUUAUGGUGCAGGAUGUAAUUGAUCUGCGACAAAAUAACUGGGUGCCUCGAAGAGGUGAUCAAGGGCCCAAGACAUUAGAACAGAUACACAGAGAAGCUCAGAUAGAAGAACAUCAACAGCAUUUAAAAGUGCAACAACAACUACUAUUUAAGCAGGAUAAAAGGAGAGGUGGUGGAAGCAGCAGUAGUACAGGUGGUAGAGGAAAUCAAGGAACUGAUGAAGCAGGCUGGAAUACAGUACCGAUUGCAAAAAGUAGCAGGCCUAUUGAUACAAGUAGGCUAAGUAAGAUUACUAAGGCGGCUGGGGCCAUGGAUUACAACAAUCAAGUGCUGGCACCAGCUGGUCGACUUGGUGGCUGGGUAAAAGGGAGCAGUGGUGGAUCUGGAAGCAAGCCUAGUGACGCAGGUGUGGAUUCAGGAAGGACAGCCACAUUAAAUAGAUUUUCAGCUCUCCAACAGUCUUCAUCCACAGAUAAUUUUGAUGCACGAAGAGUGGUGCCCAGCAGGAGUAGUUCAAGUCGCGAUAGAAGUGAAAAGGGUGAUCGUGAGCGAGGAGACCGGUUUGAAAGAAACGAACGUUUCGAGAGAAGUGAGAGGAAUGAUCGAUUUGAAAGAAUUGAACGCAGUGAAAAAGGUGACAAAAGCGAUCGCGUUGAGAAAUCUGAAAAGACUGACCGCAACAGACCUCCGCUAACCAAGAGAAGCUACAACAAAGAAGUCGAUGACCGAAGUAGGGAAAGGGAACGACGAAAUUCUCAAGAACCUGUAAGACGUGUGGCCAGCAUGACAGAAGAGAGAGAUCGAGGAUAUUCGAGAGAUCCAAGCAAAGAGCCUGUUAAGCUUGAACCAAUCUCUGUUUCUACAACAUCUGAUAAAUCUGCCCUUUCUGAUGAAGAGUUUGAAAAGAAAUCCAAGGCCAUCAUUGAGGAAUAUUUGCAUAUCAAUGAUAUGAAGGAAGCAUUGCAAUGUGUACAGGAACUCGAGUCAUCUAAGAUCUUGCACGUCUUUGUUCGAAGUGGGGUCGAGUCAACUUUGGAACGAAGUGCAAUAGCAAGAGAACAUAUGGGCAUGCUUCUGUACCAACUUGUAAAAGCUGGCACUCUGUCAAAACAACAGUAUUACAAAGGGCUAAGUGAUAUCCUUGAAAUAGCUGAAGAUAUGGAAAUUGAUAUUCCACAUAUAUGGCAAUACCUUGCUGAACUAAUUGUUCACAUGUUGCAUGAUGGAGGUAUACCAAUCGCAGAGCUUUUCAGAGAAGUGGCCAAACCACUCAUCACCAUUGGAAAAGCUGGGCUUCUGCUCGCUGAUCUUCUAUGUGCACUGUGCAAAGAAAUGAGCCGAAAGAAGGCAGGUUCGUUGUGGAGAGAAGGAGGUCUGAGCUGGAAGGAAUUCCUUUCUGAGGAAGAGGACGUUAACAAGUUUGUCACUGACAAGAAAGUAGAAUUUACUCUGGGAAAUGAAUCUGAUCUUGAGGCCACGCCAAGCAAAAUGGAAAUGUCCUUUGAUGAACUGUGUGAACAGUUUGAUAACCUAAUUAAGGAGAAAGCUGAAAACCAAAGAAUAUUUGAUUGGAUUGAAGCCAAUUUAGAUGAAAAGCAAAUGAUUUCACCACACUUCAUCAGGGCAUUAAUGAAGUCUAUCUGCCAUUCUGCUGUUGUAUUUGAAACCCCUAUUCGUGUUGAAGUGGACAUCAUUAAAAAUAGGGUGAAAGUCCUGACAAAAUACCUGAAUUCUGAUCCCCAGCGUGAACUACAAGCACUAUAUGCCCUCCAGGCAUUAAUGGCAAUAUUAGAACAACCAGCAAGUUUACUAAGGACAUUUUUUGAUGUUUUGUAUGAUGAGGAUGUUAUAUCUGAAGAAGCCUUUUAUAAAUGGGAGUCCAGUAAAGACCCAGCAGAGCAACAAGGAAAAGGAGUAGCUUUGAAAUCUGUGACAGCUUUCUUCACUUGGUUAAGGGAAGCUGAAGAAGAAUCGGAAGGCAAUUAGAAAUCAUUAUUGACACAUAUCAGUCAUAUGACGAAUCGCAUUCGGCAGAUGAGGACUGCCCUUUUGAGUUUUUGCACAAUCAAGUGCUUGGUUCUGAGAACGUCAAUUCAAUAAACCCUUGGUACUUCAAGGUUUUAUCUAUUUUUUAACAUCAGCAGUUCAUGUCUAACAAAUAUAAACUAUUUAGAAAAUAAAUUAGGGCUGCUGAGAUGAUCUUUGAAAUUAGGUGGUUGUCAUGGGCAUAGGAAAGUGGUGGGGAUUUUUGAUUUUUUUUAAAAGAAUGGUGGAUACCUUGGUGUUAAAUCACCAACGAUGCAAACUAAUUUAGGGAUCCCAGGAUAUAUCAACUUGGCUUCCCUAUGCUAGAUUUUUUUGAGGGGCGGGGCACCCAGACCCUUGGACUCCUCUGUUCUUAUGCCUAUGAGUUGUAUAAAAAGCCUUGAACAAGCCUGUAGUGGAUUUUAAAAAUCAGUAAGAGUUUAACAGUUUAAUUAGACAAAACGAAAAGCAGUACAGUUCCUAGAUGAUUCUACUUAAUGUAGGACAGUUAGGGCAGUUCUGUAAAUAUAUGUUUUGCAAUAUUGCUAAUGUAAUGCCAUGUUAUUUCUGCUGUCUUUGAUAAAGUGCAGCAGUGUCUCCUGUAUUUAUAGAAUUCCUCAGUUCAUAAGGUGCUUGUAAUUAUCAACCAGAAUGAAUCCUUCAUUGAUUACAGUUUAAAUGAAUGUGUAAAUACUUUUGCUUUAUUAAGUAUUUAAUUAAAAAUUAAUGCCUCUUUUCACAUCCGAAACUGGAAAAUAAAGAACAUAUUGCAAAGUAAUAAA